UUCGAUCAUAGCACAACAUCCAAGUACAACAAACCCGGUAUGGAAAGCGGCAUGAAGACUAAGAGGUUGAGUUGUGUUUGUUUACAGCAUUCGGUGUGAGGCAGUGUUUGAUACGAACAGGUUACAGUACACAGAAGGAAGAAUCAGUGUGUGUAAAAGUUGUUUCAUAUCAUGUCGAACUCUCAUUUAUUUUUGCCUUCGGGUUUUCCCAGAGCACCAUUAGGAAAUGGUUUGGGCAGAUACAUUUGUCAGUUGCAACGAAUAACUAUAAAAUUUUGCAAAAACCAUGGAGCAAGUAGAGGCGUCAGGGAAUUCAUUGAAUGCGACCUGAUUGAUUUUGCACGUAAGAACCCUCAAACCGUAGUGUACGUAAAGCCCCGUCGACAUCGAUCACCUGUCAUCAAGGCGGAAUACCUGAACGGAGAAAAUCAUCACAUGAGUGUUCAUAACUUUACAUUAGAUGAGAUUCGCAAGUGGAUAUCGGUUUUAUGCACGCAGAACCAAGGGUCAGUCGUACGUUAUCGCAAAAUGUGGCACACAGAUCAUCCUUCCAUACAAGGUGUGUGGAACCCUUUCACUCACAGGCAGCCAGAACUGAAUAAAGCCACUUUCCCACAGGAAGGAUUGUCAAGUCCACAGAAUUUACCACCCACUGCUACUGAUUUGUUACUGGAUAUGUUCAAAAAACAGAAGCUGUCAGAGGAAGACUCUAGAGCUGUCUUAGAAGAGAAACGUGCUGAGUGAAGUUGCAUCUAGAACGGAAGACUAGUCAGUGUUGUAGUAAAAUAGUGCAGAAAGAGAAGAUACUGAGAAUUUAUAAAGUAGCUACUACUGUUGACGUUGUGAGAGGUAGUACCUUAAUACUUACUAGCAUUUGGUUAGAGAAAUCAGCCAUGUGUCAGCAAUCAUUACUUGAAUCAGAUUUAAAAUUAUGCAAGAUGUGAUUUACUUCUGCAAUUGAUGCUUCUUGAUACAAGAAAUUGGGUUUCUAUGCUACAAAACGCUGUAAAGACAUUGUUUUGAUCUAUUUGCCAAUAAAAGUGUUAUUUUAG